UGUCCUCUCCAGGUGCCCCUCAAGCCCACUUUCUACGUUUUACCACUGCUGCUGGCAUUUCUGGUGUCUGCUCUGGGCUGGGCUAGGCCCCGGUCCUGCAGUGUCCAGGAGGUCCUCCACCACUACCAAGCUGUCAUCUUCCAGGACUUGCAGGCCGCCAUGCAGUGGGCUGGGCUGGGAGCCCAGCAUACAGAGCCUGGGUCCCGACACCACCACUUCGUUCAGAAAAACCUGACUGGAGCUGGUGGAGGUCAGGGACAACCAGGGGCCUCCUGUGAUGCCCAGAAGGAGCGUAGCAUCCUAUUAUCUAUCGAGUCCCUGGGUCAGACCCUUCUUGGGAGCAUGGCCGGAGUUCCCCACAAUGCGUUAGAGAAAGCGGCAUGGACAGUGGCGGUGCGCACCAAGGCCGUGAUGCGCAGACACUGCCGGACAUCCACCAGGAUCCUGCAGCCCAGGAAGCGUCCAGUGCAGCAGCGGAGGCGGCUCCUGCUCCGUGCCUUAUAUGCUGUCGCCACCUGCUGGGAGAAGCUCUUUGCGCUGAGUGCCAUGACCACCAGAGAAUUUUAGCACUGCCCCUGUUCUUACUCCUACCUCUCACAGAAGACUGGAAGCAAACUUUGGUUCAUGUUUUGACAGUGCCCCCUCUCUCAGCUCAGACUACCUGCACUCAAAGCCCAGGAUGUGGAGAAGAGAUCACCUUCCUUCAUGACACCCAAUAAGGCCCCAAUAAAUGGAGCUAGUGAUAUGGCCUGAUUCUUCUACCUUUGCUUGACUGGUUAUGGGCCCUGGACCACCCAGGGAUCUGCUUCUUAGGGACCUCACACCUGAGCAACGGCAAUAGUUGUAGUUCCCAGCCUCAUACAGCAGGGGGCGUGGGUGGGACAUUGGACCUGUCCUCAAGUAGUGUCCAAGGCAGAGAAGCCCCCUACCCCCACCCCACAACCUGGUUAGGGAUUUUAAAACGUCAUGCAUCCGUCCUGCCCAACUCUGGACCGGAGGAGAGGGUGGAAAUGGAGAGGAGGGGAAGGCUGAGCUUGGUGGAUUCAGAGCAAAACAACCGGAUAAAGGAAACAGGACUCAGAGGAAGCCAACCUUGCUGCCCUGGCCACAAACGAGACCAGGCCAUUUCCUGCUGCCCCUGGGGGAUGGGCAGGGUAGGGUGGGGGACAACUCCACAGACUGCCCCAGACUUGUCUGUUGAACUAACUAGACUGGCCCUAGUACCUACAUAAGCCUAGGUGUCUGCUCUUCAAUGAUUCUAGCCCUGAACAGAAAAGAAGCAAUGUCCCCCAGGCUCCUUGCCUCAUAAUAGAAUGUGGAGUCCAAGAGUCUCAAGAAUACCUUGCUCUGUGUCUGUCAGGCAAACAAGAGAUGAAAAAGGCAGUGGUAGGUACAAGAACAAGAAAUAGCCCUGAAGUUCUUCGUGCCCCCAUUCCUUGGUGCACAUGCGGUCUGCCCAAUGGGACUUCUCACAGUUGAGGAAGCUGAGACAUGGAGAGGAUAUAGGACCUUCCUUAAUUACACAGUCAAGUACUAGAAGAGCUGGGAUCAGAUUUGGACCCAGAGUAUGAUGUGUAGAAGAAAUGGAACUUUCUGGAUAUCAGUAUGCAUUUAAAUAAUCUAUGAUUCAGAUUUCUAAUGGUCUCACAAGCCACCUUGGAGCACAAACAGGACAUUUUGGUUCUCCAUGGGGUAGGAGGCAGUAUGGAAAAGUACAAGGUGGGGGUGUGCCAGAGAGGGCCUAAGUACACAGACCUUCAGCAAAGCCAGGCCUAAAAUGAUUCUCAUUCUCUCUCUC